UUUUUGGCAUUUGCGAUUAAGUGGCCUGGUUGCAGAUUGAUUAACGUAGUUACGUAGUAGUUCGCUACGCACGCAACGUGUCCCUGUUCUGUUGACUGGGAAGCCCCUAGUGCGGAGCUGCCAACGCCCGGCGUUAAGACACAGAGGAUACGAUCUUGAAUGAGUAGUGAAGACUGUAAAACAUAGCUAUGCAGACCAUCAAGUGUGUCGUAGUUGGGGACGGUGCUGUGGGUAAAACCUGCCUGCUCAUCUCUUACACCACAAACAAGUUUCCCUCUGAAUAUGUACCUACGGUGUUUGAUAACUAUGCUGUAACUGUAAUGAUUGGAGGCGAGCCCUACACUCUUGGCUUGUUUGAUACAGCAGGUCAGGAAGACUACGACAGGUUACGACCUCUGAGUUACCCCCAGACAGAUGUCUUCCUUGUCUGUUUCUCCGUUGUGUCCCCCUCCUCCUUUGAAAAUGUCAAAGAAAAGUGGGUUCCAGAGAUCACCCACCAUUGUCCAAAGACCCCUUUUCUGCUAGUUGGGACUCAGAUUGACUUGCGGGAUGACCCAUCUACUAUAGAGAAGCUGGCCAAGAACAAGCAAAAGCCCAUCACUCCGGAGACAGCUGAGAAGCUGGCGAGAGACCUCAAGGCUGUGAAAUACGUGGAGUGCUCAGCCCUCACGCAGAAAGGCCUAAAGAAUGUGUUUGAUGAGGCGAUAUUGGCUGCAUUGGAGCCCCCAGAGCCCAAGAAGAAACGCAAAUGUGUGCUGCUAUGAGAGGCUCCAUCCUUUUCAAAGCGCGUGCACACACGCACACAUCCAUACAUCCAACACGUACAUGCAUACAACACAUUCAUACAUCUUAAAUACAUGCACACACACACGCCCUCUCCACCCCACCCCUUUCCCUUGCUCUGCUAAGGCUGGUUGACAGCAGCGUCCUCCAUAGGGAAGACUAGAAACAAUUCAGCCUACCAAGAUUCAGAUACUUGUCUGCAAUAAUAAGAAGCUUCACCUCUAAAUUUGGGACCGAAGAUCGACCUAACCUGGCCAACAGGCUGCUGUGGGCUCUGGGCAGGGUGGCAUAGCCUCGGAUGGGGAUCCACAUACCAAGCUUACAUACAAGUAGACUUCAUUCUGUCAAGCUUUUGGUAAACUGAUUUUCAUCCAGUCAUUGUUGUGGCCUAAUCAACUUUUAGAUGCCUAGCCUUUUAGUUGUCCUCGACCAGUGUAAAGGUUUAAUGGAUAUAAGCCCCUCCCCAGCCCCUCUCGGCUGCCUGGUUGGCAGCUGCUCACGCUGCUGGUCCCGGCCCCUCUGUUGACGAGCACAGUCGUCGCCUGAUCCCUAUGCUCUUUCACAGCACUACCUAAAGCAAUCCUAACCGAGUAGUGUUUUGUUUUUCCUUGCCAACACCCCCUUUUCUCCUCAAACACACAACAAGUCUGUUAUAUUUAUUCCAUUUUCCAGGUAGACAUGCUCUUAACCACUAAGGAAACUGUGUAGGUCUGACAGGGCAGUAUGGCUAAAACUCCAGAGAGCUCUCUCUAUUUGGGGAAAUUGAAUGAGUAAAUAUUGCCAUCUAGUAUCAAGUCGUCUUAGGGUGGCCUGUCAGUGCAGAGUCACAGUCCAUUUGAAGUGUGGUAAUCACUUGAAGAGCUAAAGGCAUCCAGUAGCAAUGGGUCUGCUAGUCGACCACAGGAAUUGGCCUUUUAGAUGCAGGGAACUUAAACAGUGUUAGCAGAACAAGCGGUGUGUUCUUUAUGCGUUGCCAGGGACCAAGGGAGGGUGAAGCAGAAAACUGUUUGAACAUUGUCACCACUUUACAGUUUGAGCAGGCACAGCAGAAGCAUCUGUAAAACAAAUGUUCCUCGGCUUGCAUCGUCAGUCAGAUCUGGACAUAUAUAUUUGGACAGCUCAUCAAUGAAUAUGACUUUCCACCAGAAUUCUGUGCCAGGUCAGAAUUUGGUGCCUUCCUGUAGUGUGUUCAUCCAGGUUGUUUGCCUGAGGUGUUCGAGGGCUGUCUGGUCUGUUGGGCCUGUUCAAACUGUAUGGUGCUGCAUGUAGCUGAGCCUUGGUCUCUGUUCUAAAUGAUAGGUUUAACAGAUGUAAUUAUAAUGUAAGCUGGCACACGAUGUUGAUGUAGGCUCCAGGUGUUUUUACCAAAAUCUUUUUUUUUUCUUCAUUACUUCUGUUUGUGUUUUUUUUUUAUUAUUUUAUAUAUAUAAAUAUAUUAAAAAAAGGUUACUUUCACUCCUUUUACAUUUAGGGGUUGGAAUUCAUCUGAACUCUUAACUUCCAGUUUAUAGAAAGAAAACCUCUGAUUUUUUCAGUUAAAUAAAAACCUCCAGUGACAGACAGACAGUUUGGUAAAAAUUAUUUGUGAUUGGUUGGUUUUUGCUUUUCUAAACUGGUGGCUUCGAGUUGGAUUGAUGUCCAGUCCAAGUCAGUAUAAUUAUUAUAACCUGUUGUUGUUUUGGUGCAAAACCAAAUGCUUUGUCUAAAGUCUUUGUUCUUUGUAUAUGCAUUCUUUUCAAAAAUAUUAAACUUAUACCUUAAUUGCCUUUA